AUGGAUGUGACCUUGUUUUCGAAUGAGAGCAACCUGACAAUAAGCAGUCACCGGAACAACGCUGAUGAGGAUUACUCUGACGACGCAAAUAUCACUGCUAUUAAAACACAUACUAGAUCAUUAAACGUCCCACUGUUUGUACUGGGUUCGCUAUUUACAGCCGUAGGCAAUGGUCUUGUGAUUACCGUUAUAGCAAAGAUUCACCGACUGAGAACAGCAGCAAACAUGACGAUCGCUAAUCUGGCCUGUUGUGACUUCGCACUCGGCAGUACACUCUGGACAGGAGUCCUACGCCGUGACACGAUGCCGCGGUGCGCCGUGUUUACGGGCUUUGCAAUGACGCUUUUUCAGCUGUCGUUGAUGGAUAUUGCACUCUGUACGAUCAACAGAUACGUGGCCAUCGUGUAUCCGUUACGCUACAACCAGCUGAUGAAUCCUGCUCGCACUGGUGUUCUCAUAACUUUAUCGACGACGUACGCGAUUGUGAUUGGAAUCGCAGCAGCCAUCCAAGUAUCAUAUCGCUGGGAGCCGCCUUCAAUCUGCAUCGUUGACCUAGAACUUUCGCCUGGAUUCGCUUAUGUAUUUUCCAGUCAUUAUAUUAUUCUGUUUAUCUUUAUGACUUACUGCUACGUCGUCAUCGCAAGGAUUGUCUGGGACCACACACGAAGGAUGGCCGCAGCAUCAGAUGAGGAGCGAGAGAACAUGUCCGCUUUCCACGCUACCCUGAAGAUGUCUAAGAUCCUACUUACAGUUGGCGGCACUUCGUUUACUCUGCUUACACCGCACGUUCUUCACUUCAUCUUAAUCCACAGCUUUCCGUUUCGACUUCGAACACUUCGCUUCAUUCGAUUAAAUGCCAUCGUACUUAAUUCACUAAUGAAUCCAAUCAUCUACUUCUACAAGUACAAAGAUUUUCGUCUAGCAGUGAGGGAACUAUUUGGUUGUGCCACAUCCACUGUUAACCCAUCUCAGCCGAACGUGGAGCAAGACCCUUAG